GAGAAACAUGUGAUUUUUAUUUUGUUACACUCUUGUAAUUUAAAAUAAUUUGUUAACUUUCUUUUGUCAAAGUAUUGUAAUUUAUUGCUGUUUAUUUGCCAUUUAUUGUGAACUUUUAUCUUGUCACCAUCAAGACCGUUUUUGGUAGUUAUAUUUCAUAUCAAGAUGGACAAUUUUGAUUGGGACACUUUAUCUGUAGACGAAAGGAUAUUAAAUGUCAUCCGGAACAAAUUUAAAUUCAAGCAAAUGACUCCAGUUCAGAAAGCGGUUAUUCCAUUGUUCACUGGAUUUAAAGAUGUCUGUUGUGAAGCUGUUACUGGAUCUGGUAAAAGUUUGGCUUUUAUUGUGUCAGUUCUUGAUAUUCUUAUCAAACAAUACGAAAAGGAACCAUUUAAUAAGCAUGCAAUUUGUGGUCUCAUUAUAAGUCCGACAAGAGAAUUAUCUACCCAAACAUUUGAUGUACUGGAGGAAUUUUUAAGUGACUCAAGUUUCUCUGAAUUUUUGAAUGCACAACUUUUCAUUGGUGGUAACAAUCCUAUCAUCGAUGGCGAAAAUUAUCUUCAAAAUGGUGGAAACAUAUUUGUUGUUACUCCUGGACGCAUGGUAGAUCUUCUGGAAAAAUAUCCUCAAAUAGGAAUUAAGCUUCGUAAACAUUUACAAGUGCUUGUUAUAGACGAAACUGACGUUCUUUUGGAUAUGGGUUUUGACAAAGAGGUCAAUGAAAUUCUAAGUUAUUUACCGAAACAAAGACGAACUGGACUUUUUAGUGCAACACAAACUAAACUUCUUAGUAGACUGGUAAAAUUGGGCUUAAGAAAUCCUAUCAGAAUUGAGAUAAAGGAGAAAAAGGCUAUUCAACUUGGUGACUCCGAAAUUGAGAAUAGUUUAUCUUCAGGAACAAAAUCGCUUCUCAAAUCAACCGGACUUCAAAUAUCUCCUUAUUUAUCAAACAACUACGUAAUUCUUGAAAGUAAUACUCAUAAAUUACCAUUUCUAGUUCAUUUCGUUAAAAAAAAUCCAACCUUCAAAUACAUCCUGUUUUUCUCGACAUGUGCUCAAGUUGAUUAUUUUGCGGAAGCACUCAUAAAGUUUUUGCCAUCUGAACUGACGAUUUUCAAAUUACAUCGGAAAUUAAAAUCCCGUCGUCAAAAAAUUUUCAACAAAUUCAAAUCUUCCGAAAACGGAUCCAUAUUGAUAUGUACUGAUAUCAUGAGUCGAGGUAUCGACAUUCCUGAGAUUGACUGGGUGAUCAAUGUAGAUUUGCCUAAUACAAUUCAAGAUUAUAUCCAUAGAUCUGGUCGUAGUGGUCACCAAAUCGGUAUUCAAGGAAACUCGAUGAUAUUGUGCUUGCAACAUGAGGAUGAUUACAUCAAAUUAUGCCAGGAAAAAGGAAUCGAUUUCACUCAAAUGAAAGUACCCAAGAAGAAGCUCCUUCCGCUAGCUGAUGAGAUUUCUAGUUGGUUAAGGCAACAUUGCCGUGAUAAUGCUGAGUUUUAUGAAAAUUCAAUGAAAGCAUUUGUGUCUUUCAUUAGAAACUAUUCAACUAAGAACAUGAUGUCUUCAAUUUUAUUUCAAUCCAUGGAUUGGAUUGAUUUAGCCAACAGUUUUGGUCUAUUGAAAGUUCCUAUUAUGCCCGAGCUAAGAAAAAAAUUAGCUGAAUGUCCAACUAAACUUCUAGCUGAACCAGGUGAUAAGGAAAUCGCCAAUAGUCAUAAAAAAGCUCUCGAAAAGCUCAGGAGUAAAGGUAAUCAAGGUUCAACGGAUAAAGUAACCAGAAAAAAUCAAAUCAAGGUUACUGAACAAAGAGCUAAGAUGAAAGCUGAAAUAAAAUUGUGUAAGCUAAAAGGAAAAAAGAAAAAACGUUUCCUCAACGAGGUUGAAUUUGAUGAACUCGCUGAAGAUGCAAGAAUGGUUAAGAAAUUAAAAAAAGGAAAGAUUACUCAAGCAGAUUUCGAUAAACAUUUUGGCAUUGACUGAAAAAUUAAAAAGCCAAAUCUACUCCAGGAUUGAGUAGAAAUAAGAUUCGACUUGUCAAUUUCGAGAUGAGCAAUAUUUUUGUCAAGCAAAGUUCGUUUUGAAUUGAUAUUCUGAAAGGGAAUAUUUUAAUAAGAAAAUGCUUUGCGCGCGAAGUAAAACAAAGAAAUUUUUCCAUCAAUUUUUAUUGAUUGUUAAUGUAUAUCACACUUAAUAUGUGUAAUGACUUGAUGUCGACUGUAAAAAAAGAUUAAAAUUCAUGUUGUUGCGUAAA